CUUAGAUAAGGAACGAUGAAUGGGAAUGAAUCCCCUUAUAAAUUGGCUCAUCACCAAUCCCGACUCGAUAGUGUUAUAACGAACUUCAAGAACGUUGGAGGAAUCAUUAGAAUGACUCUUAAAAAGUGUGCCGCGCAGGUUUUCCUGUUUGUCAUUGUUGGUAGUUUGGCUUUGGUUUCAGUGGAAGGGCAUGGAAUGCUCCUUGAACCGGUAGGACGAUCAUCUCGAUGGAGAUACGAUGGUUCAGCUCCGGUAAACUACGAUGACAACGCGUUAUAUUGUGGAGGAUAUUACAAACAAUGGGAGGUGAAUGGCGGCAAAUGUGGAAUAUGUGGGGAUGAUUAUAGUAGCUCUACGCCCCGACCUAAUGAAUUAGGUGGAAAAUUUGGAAGCGGUGUUAUUGUUAGCACAUACCAGGCAGGAAGCACUAUAUCAGUUGGCGCUCAACUGACCGCCAGCCAUCUGGGCUAUUUCUUUUUUGAGAUUUGCAAUCUUGAUGCUGCUGGUAGUGAAAGUGAAAGCUGCUUUCAACCACUAUCGCUGGGGAAUGGCGCAAGUAAAUAUCCAAUAACCAGCUAUGCAUCGGCUUACUACGAGACCACGGUAGAACUUCCAGCAGGAGUUUCAUGUAAUCAUUGUGUCCUAAGAUGGACAUAUGUCGCUGGAAAUAACUGGGGUAUAUGCGAUAAUGGCACAGGAGCUCUUGGGUGUGGACCACAGGAAACUUUUAAAUCUUGUUCUGAUAUAGAAAUUAUCAGUACCCGGAACGCAUAUGAAGAAGUCGAUCUUGUUGAUGAUAUUCCAGAAGAAGAUUUUGUAUAAAGAUUUUUAAUAUAAUUGUUUCGUG